AUGGACUUGGACCAAGUUGAAGAAAGGAUAAAAAAACUCGAAGAAAAUAUUGCCAAAUUUGAAGAGCAGGAGUUACGCAACAUAGAGAAUAUAAAAAAUGAAAUAAAGCUACUUGACACACAUAGAGAGUAUUCCAUAAAAUCUAUGUUUGAAGAAAUUAGCAAAAUUAAAAACAAAGCCAUUGCAUACUUCAACAAAUUUUUAAUCAUACAAAAAGAAAUUCACUCUCUCCUGCAGUCCAUAAAUAACAAUGCCCUGACAGACCUGUUCGUCCUGGCUCAAAAUUCCUUACUCUUCCAAAAGGAAGUGGCUAACAUGUUUCAGCGUUUUUACCGCCAGGUGGAAAAUUCCCUCACCGGGCUGUGA